CAUGGAGAAUGGGACCUUUUAGAAUUUCCAGCUAAGAGAAAUGUAAAGUUUUAUAAGUGUUGCCCUGAACCCUAUGUUGACCUGACCUAUACAAUGGUAUUGAAACGUAAACCAUUGUUUUAUAUUUACAACUUGAUUAUCCCAUGUGGAUUGCUCCUGAUUGUGAGCAUCAUGGGAUUCCUAAUGCCAAUAGCAUCAGGAGCAAGAGCACCUCUGUCUAUCAUGGUACUCUUGUCAAUGAUAGUUCUCCAGUUGAACGUUUCAUCCACUAUACCCCAACAAAGUGAUAAUACACCACUUAUAAGUCAGUACAUUGGUUACAUCCUUCUCAUGAUGUCGCUCAAUGUGAUUCUCACCAUAGGGAGCCUCAAUAUCCAUUACAGGGGUCACUAUGGCAACAGAAUGUCAAACAUGACAAGGAAGGUAAUGCUUGGAGCAUUGGGAUGGCUAGUUUGCAAGACAAAACCAAAAUCAAAAGCAGACAGGAAACAUAUAAAUAAUAUGUUUACAAAUAAUGGACAAAUGAAAACUGAAGGAAAUAUGGAAAAUUUCAAAAAGAGUGGCUAUAGUGGCAACCAAGAUCCAAAUCCUGUGAAUACAGAUGGGAUUGAUGAUGAAAGAACCAUUGACAAAUAUCAACUUGUACAUAAUAAUAUCAAUAAACUAUUAAUUGUUGCUCACGAAAGCAAAACUGAAAAAAGGAGACAAGAAGAAGAAGAAAGAAAAACCAGAGAAGAAUGGAUGAUGGUUGUGAUGGUAACUGAUCGUUUAUUUGCAAUCGUUUUCUUUUUCGCUUCAAUUGUUACAUUUCUUUCUAUAUUUCUCGAUUUAAUUAAAGCUUAAAUAAGCAUUGUUGAUUUUAAGUGGUAAUAAUUCAUUUAAUUUAGAUUUAGAGGUGAAAAUCAACAUUUAGUGAUUGCUGGUAAAAUAAAAAGGUGGACAUGUAUAUACUCUAUUCGCUUUAAUAAACACACAGUAUGUCUCCUAAAGUCUCCUGGAGGAGAUAUUUCAAAUUUCCAAAUCCUUAACCCUUUCCUGACGUGAAUAUAAGAGGAAAAUAUGGGACUGGUGACGGA